GCACAGCAAUAAAAAUACGUACUACUAAUUCUGGUACGAAGUAUCGCAAGUUCCUCCGCUGCAUCGCGCAAUGUGAUUGUGAGAUUUUCCGUCUUUGGCUCUUUAUGCAUUUUGUUUUACUCCUUACUUUAUAAAGCUACAAUGACAGCCGAUAAAAACGCUUCCCCACAAUUGACAGUAUUUAUUGGCAGUCUGGAAGAAAAAUCCGACGAAUUUUAUCGAAAAAAUAAGAACAUCCUGCCCCAUAUUGCUCGCGUGCUGUUAGUGGCCACAUUUUUGGAAGAUGGUCUGCGAAUACUUACGCAAUUUGAGAUGCAGCGGCGGUAUAUUGCCGGAGUGUGGGCAUGUGGACUGUUCGUCAGCAGUGCACUAAUCGUGAUCUCAGUAUUUUGCCAACUGGUUCCCGCUGGUUUAAUACUGUUUCGCAGAUACGUGGACGUCGCAUGUCUGGCACUGAUUUUUGAGGUAUUUUUUCAGCGAUUUAUAUAUAACAUCGCCUGGGACGAAAUGAUUCCCAAUGAGUUUGCUCGUAUUGGUGCUGUAUUACUACUACUGGCGGAAGCGUGCAACGAUGCUAAUGCGGUGCCCAUCCUGUAUAAAGCUGCUGACCACUAUGUUGACCUGCAAAAUCUGACCAACUGGCUGCAGUUGGCAGGACGUGUGUUUUUGGCAUUUAGUGUGGAAUUUGGCAUCACACCGCUGCAAAUUAUCAAACUUAUCGUCGGCUUUAGUUUAGCCAUUUUAAUUAUAAUUGGAUACAAGACGAAACUGUCGGCCACGGUUUUAGCAUGCUGGCUAACUUUGUUCAAUUUUUACAAAGUCAUAUCUGGCUGGAUGCACAAUGAGAUUAUGGAGAUUCUCAUAUACGGUUUCUUUCUGAAUAUUACGGUUGUUGGUGGUCUGUUGAAUGUGAUAGCUCUAGGACCCGGUACAAAAAGUAUCGAUUCAAAGAAAAAAUACUGGUAACAUUUGAGUUUUUCUGGUAACAAGUGAGUUUUUCGUUAUUGGUGAUUAUUCGAUACUUUUGCCGACGCCCUGCACAAUAAUAAUAGUAAUUAUAGAAAUUAUUAGCAACACGUCUGUAGCCUCUG